UUCACACUUGAGAGGCAUCAACGCCCGCAGCCAGACUCCCCACAGAACGAGACGAACUUGCCUCCGUCGCUGCCGUGAGCCGCUUCGCCGUACACCAUCAGAGCUCCGGCAGUACGCCUCCAGCCUCCUCCGUGUGCGCCGUUCCCGGUCUCCGUCUCCUAGACUACAACUCGCGACUGUCACUUUGCCAGUGGAUGGCUGACAAAUCCAAAACCCCCCAAAACUACAAACCCUAGCAUCAAAAUUUUCCAGAAGACUCAGUUUUGUAUGCAACAAAUUGCCGAUUGAUCCCAAGUGGGGUUUGAAUAUGAGCCAUAGCUGGGGAAAGCUUCCACGCUGCUCUAUCAGCAGUAUCUCCCGUAAGCAAUCUUUCAUUUCUUCUCCAUUCUCAACUUCCGCCGGCGGCAGCGGUGGAGGAUGGGGCCGGGGUCGUGGAGGUGGUGGAUUUAGCUCUGGUAAUUCCCCCGUCUUCGGAUUUUCUCCUAACCAAAGUGAACCUGGCGAUGCCAAGGACGAAGAUUCGGCUUCCACACGGCAACUAAGUGGAUUCGGGCAUGGCCGUGGAAGCGGAAAGCCCUUAUUUUCAUUUGUGGGUGAUUACAACGGCCCUGUUGGCCGUGGCCAAGGAAUUUCUGGCCCCACUUCUGCACUACCACCACCACAACCAUCCCAGCAGGUUCCGUUUCAACAUAGGGAGUCCAAUAAGCCUAUGUUCUCUGAAAAAGAAGGCUUUCUCGACUCUCAGCCUAAAGUGUCUGUUGAUUCCAACGAUGCUCCCAGACUCCCUGCAAAUAUCCUCUCUGUGCUAUCUGGUGUGGGUCGUGGAACGACCAAACAGACACCUCCUGUUCGUGAGAAACCUAAGGAAGAAAACAGGCAUUUAAGGGCGAGACAAACUCCUCAAUCCGGUGGAAACGAAGCCAGCAGGCGUCCUGGACAGGGGUUCAGCAGGGAUGAUCCAAAUAAUAGGUCCGUUUCGAGUGGUGGUGGUGAUGGGAGUGGAAGAGGAGGAGUAGCUUCAUGGAGGGGACGUGGUGGGUUCAGAGAUAGAGGAAGAGGAGGAAGAAGAGGAGGAAGAGGAGGAAGAGGGAGGGGAGAAGGUACUCUACCGGAAGUGGUCCAUGAGAAAUUUGGUGGUGUAUUUGACAUUGGUGAUGAUGCUGCUACAGAGAAAUUGGUUCAACAGUUUGGUCCUGAUCUCGCCAGUCAAUUAGCUGAAGGCGUUGAAGAAUUUGCUCAUAGGGUCUUUCCCUCUCCUGCUGAGGAUGCUUACCUAGACGCCCUCGAUACAAAUUUAAAGAUUGAAUGUGAAGAGGAGUACAUGAUGGGAGACUUUGACAGGAAUCCAGAUAUUGACGAGAAGCCUCCAAUCUCUCUGCGUGAUGCUCUUGAGAAGAUGAAGCCAUUCCUCAUGGCGUACGAAGGAAUUGAAAGCCAAAAAGAGUGGGAGGAAAUAAUGAAAGAUACAAUGGAGGUCAAGCUCCCGCUUCUUAAAGAGAUAGUUGACCACUACAGUGGCCCUGACAGAGUAACUGCAAAGCAGCAGCACCAGGAGCUAAAAAGAGUUGCAGCAACUCUUCCACAGAGUAUUCCUAAUUCUGUGAAGCAGUUCACAGACCGUGCUGUUCAGUCACUGCAGAGCAACCCUGGGUGGGGGUUCCACAAUAAAUGUCAGUUCAUGGAUAAGCUUGCAUACGAGGUUACUCGGCAAUACAAGUGAAAUGAAAUGUGAGAACCAUACAAAUUACGAAUAAUAUUUCUCAUGAAAAGAUCACUUGAGGCAAAAUUUGCUUAGGUAUGCCACAAUUCACUUCAUAGCAGCUGCUUCUUCAGUUUAUGUUUCCUUUGUCAGAUAACCAAAAUUUUAUCCUUUUAGAAUGACAAGCUUUCUUGGAAUUCCAGGUCGAAGAUUUUAGGCUUUUUAUUUAUUUUUGUUUUGAAAAUGAGGCAGCAUUAGAAGGGUAGCAGUGAACCAAGUUCACGAAGUUCUUGGCACGGUCCAUAAUGAUGUGGCCAUGGUCAUGGAAUUGCAAUAUACUACACAGGUUUUGUGCUUGAUUCAUUGCCUCUCUUUUUUGUUGCCAUAUUUGCAUGACUCAUUUUUGUUGGCCUUUUUAAAGGGGCAUUAAUAUGAUGCAAUAUUUCACCUUGACACACUUCAUCGUGCGUACGUUCUCAGACACCAAUAAAUUUUCAAGCUUUUUUGCCCUUUAUCUCGGACCAUACUUUUUGUGGAAUUUUACUGGAUCUAUUGUUGCUCUUUUACCCUUCAAACAAAUGUAUUGGCACACUUGUAAAUGCUUGUUUGUUAUGUUUCUCUUUGAAGCAAUGUUUGUCAUUAGCAUUACAAUAAUUUUUUAAUCCUGUA